UGCGAAGCACCCAAGAGUUGGGGAUGUCCUACAAACCCAUCGCCCCCGCCCCCAGCAGCACCCCGGGCUCCAGCACCCCUGGGCCCGGCACCCCAGUCCUUACAGCCGGAAGUGUCACCUCGCCAUCGGGCUCGGUGCCUGGAGCUGCUGCCCCUUUCAGACCACUGUUUAACGACUUUGGACCGCCCUCCAUGGGCUAUGUGCAGGCAAUGAAGCCACCCGGCGCCCAGGGCUCCCAGAGCACCUACACGGACUUGUCGGUCAUAGAGGAGAUGGGCAAAGAGAUCCGGCCCACCUAUGCCGGCAGCAAGAGCGCCAUGGAGCGCCUGAAGAGAGGCAUCAUCCAUGCCCGGGCCCUAGUCAGAGAGUGCCUGGCAGAGGCAGAGCAGAACGCCCGCACGUAACAGGAAGCACCUCCGCCUCGAGUCUGGACCUUUCCUGGCCACUGCAGGGCACCUGCUUCUCCCUGGCCUUCACCCCGAGUUGCACUUCCUGUCCUGUGUCCCUUGGUGGGUACUCUCCAGGAACCGGGGGUGGCUCUCACUCGUUGGCAGCACUAACUUGGAACCCCUGGAAUACUUAGCAGCGAGGUCACUGUGAGUCCCACUCAUGAGCUGCCGUCAGUGUUGAUGCAACUGGAGUUUUCUUCUUCCUGUAGCCCCCACGACUCAGCACUUACCCAGGACUUCUCACCACUUUGUCCCAGACCCCUUCUCCCCCAGCAGGCUUUCAGAAGGCCUGUCACCUCCCUGCCUUGUCUCCUGGGCCAUAGCCUCUCUUUUCGCAGUGUGUCUUUUGCUAAACAUGCCCUUUUUUUGUAUAAAUAAAAGAUAAUUUGGAGUUGUUCUCUC